GGGGUGAUGUCAUUGCCCAGCGGGCGGCCGCGGGGGCGCCGCCGUUCAUUGUGCUCCGCCGGUGCCGCCUCCCGCUGCCGCGGCCGGACACGGCGGGGGGGGCCCCGCUCCUGCUCCGGCCCCCAGCACCGGCCCGGGGCCGCCCUGCUCCCGCUGCACCCUGGGGUGCUGCCCUGCGCUCGUCCCCGGACAGCGGUGCCUUGCACCGAGCCCCGCUGCACCCAUCCCGGGGUGGGGGGGGGGCCUGUCCUGGCCCGAGGGUGGCUCAGCACCCAUCGCGGUGUGCUGCACGGGGAAGGGGGGGGCUCAGCACCCAUCCCCGAGCGGGGCUGCCUUGUGCCCAACCCCGCUGCUCCCAUCCCGGGAGCUGCCCUGCGCCCGGCGGGUGGCCAGCACCCAUCCCGGGGGAGCGGGCUGCCUUGCACCCACCCCGGGGAGCUGCGCCGUAACGGGGUUAUCCCAGCACCUAUCUCGGAGGUGUGGGGGCUGCAACGCACCCGGCCCCGCUAUCCCCAUCGUAGGGCCCGCGGCUGGCAGCUUCUCCCGCCGCCGGUGACCGGCUCCUGGCUCCCGCCUCGUUUUAUGGUCGUGGAGAGGGAGGAAAAAUCCCAAACCAGCUGCGUAAAUGAGUAUGGAAGAUUAUGAUUUCCUCUUCAAAAUUGUUUUAAUUGGCAACGCCGGUGUGGGGAAGACCUGCUUAGUCCGUCGCUUCACUCAGGGGCUUUUCCCACCGGGUCAAGGAGCCACGAUUGGGGUUGACUUUAUGAUCAAAACUGUGGAGAUAAACGGUGAAAAAGUAAAGCUGCAGAUCUGGGACACGGCAGGACAGGAGCGAUUCCGGUCCAUCACACAGAGUUACUAUCGCAGCGCUAACGCCUUGAUCCUCACCUACGACAUCACCUGCGAAGAAUCCUUCCGCUGCCUGCCCGAGUGGCUGCGGGAGAUCGAGCAGUACGCCAGCAACAAGGUCAUAACGGUGCUAGUGGGUAAUAAGAUUGAUUUAGCUGAUAAGAGGGAAGUCUCCCAGCAAAGAGCUGCUGAGUUUUCCGAAGCACAGGAUAUGUACUACCUGGAAACCUCAGCAAAAGAGUCGGAUAAUGUGGAAAAACUCUUCCUGGACUUGGCCUGCCGGUUGAUCAGCGAGGCACGACAGAACACCCUUGAGAACAAUGUCUCAUCCCCCUUACCAGGAGAGGGGAAAAGUAUCAGCUACUUGACUUGCUGUAAUUUUAAUUAAGGAGCUGGCAUGUGAUUUCCUGUUCUGCCAUGGGCCAAGAAGAUUUGUUAAUUUCCUUUUUGUGUUUUUUUGCUGGGAUUUAUCUACUUAAAGGGAAUUCCUGCCACUUCCCGAGUCAGGCUGCAGACCUGGAAGCAUGGCAGGCCGGCGGCUCCAGCUGGAUGGCAACAUAGCAGAAUAUAACAUGGUUUAAGUUUCAUCUUUCUUGCAGUCUCUGGAGCAGGUUAGGAACAGAAGAGUUGCACAAGUGCUUCAUGCGAUGCAGAACACGAGCUGUUGCAUUUCCUUCUAUGGGAGGCUGGAGCAGCCUCUCCUGAAGAAGAUACUGAAGAGUUGAAUAUCUCUCUUACAGAACAAUGUGUUUAUUCCUUUUCGAAAUGAAACCAACAAUGAACACUGACCCUGGAACACUGGCAAUGUUUGGAGCUGCCAGCGAGUAAGCUCUUAGGACAUGUACAUAGCGUCUGCCUGGGCGUCUCCAUGGAGGACUCCAGUGUUUGAUAUAGUGUUAUGUCUCUCAUCUACAGGCACUUUCAUGAACAUGGAACUAAAAAAGAAGUUACAUAUAUCAACAUUCUGCACAUGUAAGAAGACAUGGAUACAGCUCAGUUGCUCCCUUUGGUGCUAGCAGUUCACCGAAUAUUCCAUAGACCAAACGUAGUCUUACUACAUUGCUGUCCUCUGAAUGUGUAACUUAGACUGGUUAGGAAAAAAAAAACCACACUAAUAAGCACUGUUCAUAAAAAUAAACAAAUCUUGUUACCUCUUUUUCUAGGCCUGAACAUAGUGGGAAAGGACUGUGCUGCUUUGAUGGCCAAUGCAGGAUGAAAAGACUUUUCCAGAAAUAAAAAUAAACCAGAAAAUUAACCAUUCCUCCUCCAAUUAGUAAAGUCCUAAUGUGGAAAAUUACCUUUGGGAAAGAUUAUUGAUAGAGUUGGGAAAAAGUGCAGCAGAUGUGACCAAAAUCUUGUGUGUGCACAGAUUGUGUGUAAGGGUUCAAAGAGAGCACAGUUUGAAGUGGCUAUCUGCAAUAUGUCCAGCUUAAACAUAAAGCUUGUAGAUACAGUUCUUGUUGAAAGGCAAAUGUACAAUGUGGAGGGGUUUUUAUGCUAAGUGCGAAUAGCAGCGGGUUACAAGCGGUAUCAUUCUGUGUCUGACCCAUCCAGCGCUCACCUUGUGGAACUGCUCUCCAAGAUGCUCUUGAAGGUAUCUUCUUGGCAUCUGGUCCCUCUGCUAGAGUAGCUUUCAGGUUCAGGGCUGUACAGUCAUUGAUGCUUUGUACUCUUCAUCUCAGACUCCAGUGUGUGUAUAACUGUUUAGGCAAUUUCUUUCUACAGACCCCCGAAGUGGAAGCACUCUGGAGUUUGUGAUGUUAUUCCACCUCUGGUGCCAUAUACAAACAAUUCAUUGCAAAUAUACAUGUUAACACUGAAGUGAAAUUGGAAGGUAGCGAAAUGUGCCCAUGCAAAAUGAUAUUUAGAAGUUUGAGUUCAGUUCAGCUAAUCUGCAUAAAGCUCCCCUGGCAAUUACGUGGCUGUGAUUUGGUGUAAUUUAAUCAAUUUAAUAUUAAUUUGGCUUGUACUGAAGAUUAUAACAGAGCUUUUGUAUUGGAAUAAAAAGCUGCCAGUAAAUACUUCUUUAAAAGAAUAACAAUUUAAAAAAGGCAUUUUAAAAUGCUUUUUCACAUUUCCCUGGAAAGACUUUUUGGCUGUAUCAUGUUGUGCCUUUGAUCCGUAAUAGGGAGCUGGCUCUGUGUCAGAGAGAGGGGAUCGGUGUGUCAUAUGGUCAUUUCUAAUAUUUUCUUGCUAUUUUUUAGGUCACUUUCUUUUAUGAUUAGUGGUAAAAACGAAGAUGUAGAAGUUGUGGUACAAAACUUGUUUGUCAUUUAGGUAACACUUAGAAAAGAUCUUUCGUGUGAGAUGCUGGGGGACAUGUCAUCAGCUAUGCCGGCCCAUUCUUUUUCAGUCUCUGCUCAUGGUGUAAUCCGGAGGAUUUAGAAAUGUGUGGGACUUGGUGGUUUCUGCUGUGCUGGACCAUGUGGUACAACCUGUGCUGAAGAGCAAUGUCUGUCUUGAGCAUUCCUUAAACUGCCAAACACAGCUUCAUUUGAGUUUGUGAAGACUUGGAGGCAGUGAUUCUGCACGGGUUGUAGGUAGUUGUUUAGAGCAAGGCUCGAGGCGUUGGAUGUAAGGUAACACUCAAAAAUCAAUACUAUGUGUAUUUAAUUUCUAAAGCUCUUACUCUCCAGAUGCUGGACUUGUCAGCACAUAAUUGACAUCAAAUACGACAGGGCUGUUUGAGUUGAUCAAGGAGGAAGGGGACUGCCCACUAAAACACCUAUGAGUUCCUCAGCUGGAUUUCCAAAAGCAUCAAAGUUGGGCAGGUACUUUUCAUUCCUGCUGAGUACCGCUGUAAAUGCAUCUUAAGGUGUUCCUUGCAUCACUUCUGGUGGUUGAGCUCUAACACAUCAUCAUGACUGAACAAGCUGAACUGAUUAAAUAGCAGAAACUACUAAAUUGAUUUUCUUGGGUGUUCACUUUGAGGUCUCUAGAAGGCUAAGUCUUCUUUUCCAGUACUGUUCCUAAUCUAUAGGUGGCUAUUUUGGAGACUAGCUGCCCACAAGCAACCUCGAACCAUUGGUUCUUUUUACUGCCAGCAAAUAUUCUCCGUGUAAGGACUCCAUCUCCAGACAGUGAUGCACUUUCGCUUCAGAGUGGAGUGCUGCAGCUGUGCUGCUGUUCAAGUGAAGUAUCUGACUUCUACAGAGACAAAUCUGAACUGAUUCCUUUCAAGGCUUGUUCUGUGUAGACUUAAAAAGUCGGAAGGAAACAAUGGUUGUAUGUGCAAUGCUUUAUAAGGUCAUAAGCCAAAACUGUAGUUUGAAACUUGCCUCUUUUCCUGCAGUUAACAACACACUACCUGUUCAAGAAGUGAUAUUUUAUUGUAGGAACUCCUUUGCAGGAGUUAUUUUUGUACACCUUUGACUAUCUCUCUAGUGCAUAUAGCAUACAACCCACUCUCCUUGUAGCACUGAGAGCAUACUUUCUCUUCUACAGUCUGGUCCACUGCUGAUAGCAUCCCAACCAGGAGAAGAGCUUUAUCAACUGCUAACGCCAACUUAGUCCUGUGGCACAAUGAUCAAAGCCUUGAAAAAUAAAAGGAGAUAAAAUAACAAAACUCAAUUACCUGACAAUCAGCUCCCCAACUGUAGCCAACACCUUGCUAGAUGAGUGGGAUUUUGAGACAACUGUCAGUAAGAGCCUUGUGAUGCUUGCUGGGUUGGGUAUCCAAAAGCCAUGCAGAAUUGAUAUAAUGGAGCUAAAUUUGACUGGAAACAUUGUCUACUAUCAAGAGAGCAAAGUACUUCUUUUAAUGUGGUUGCUAGGUUUUGAUGUGUUUUCAGGAUGAUACAGGGUUGUCUUAUUUCUGGGUGAAUAUUAAUUUCUGUAGUAGUCCCAUAAUGAGAUCUUUUUGAGUUCUUUUUGCACAGUGCAUAGCUCCAAGCAGAAGCCAAUAUUGGAUGGUCAACAGAUGUUUGCUUUAUCUAUCAAACCUGUUUGCAGAGAUGAGUAAAAGCAUCUCCUGAGAACUGGAUGGUCUAAACUCUAUUUUCCAGUUCAGCCACUGAUUGAGUCAGGCUGAUCUUAAGUAAACCACCAACUGUUCUGUGUUUCACAUCACUGCAUGGGAAGUACUCACUGGUACUUUGUGUUGGGUGUUUAUACUGCACGUUUGCUGGGGCAAGCCAUGAUUCCCUCUAUUCCUAUUAGAGACCUGGAGGGGGAAAAAAAGCCCUUCAGGUCAAAGAGUUAUGAUGGAAAAAGUGAGAUUCUGAAAUCUAUAAAGAAAGGGACGCUGGGUGCCUCUUCCUACCUCUAACACUGAAGUCCUGGUUUGAUCUACAGGUGAGUUGUUUGAGCAGUCAGAUAUGUGCUUGUGGUGAAUGCUAAAUAGCUUUGUGAUCGUUAUUUAAUGAAAAACCACACAUGACAAAUUGUCAGGCAAGAUGCUUUGUUCUGUGCUGUAGAACACAUGAAACCGCCCUUAUGAAACCUGUCAGCCUGCUGGUGCUGUUUGUCUGUUUGGAAAUAGCUGUGUUGGUAACAGUUGGCUCCUGCUAGUCUAGGUUUAGUGGUUAAUGGCUAUUGAAUUCCUUCAGCAUCAGUAAUAGCAGCAGCAGACUGGGGCUGACACAGGAGACAGUGAUUUGAAAGUCAAAACUAGUGAUGCAGAAGCAUGGUGUGUGCACACGUGUGGGACAAGAGGCUUUCCCCAGCUUUUGCUGACAAGGGGCGCAAUUAGUUACAGUCAAACCCACAGGGUUUUGCCUUGUUCGUUAUCCCUGAGGACUGCUGUUUGUUCAGAUGCUUUUCCACUUGUCUGCUCUUUUAGAUAUGAAGAACUGUCUGUAAAUCAGGCUGAGAUGUUGAGCUGGCAUGAUUUCUGUAGUCAGAGACUUCAUCUGGAAAAUAGGUGGAAUUCUCCAGCUAUUAAAAUAGGCUGAGUAACCAUACAGGAUACACUGCCCUUUGGGAACCUCUGGUGUCACUAUGGUUCAGGUAUGGCUGGAGACACUGUCACAGAAGCCCUCUUCUGGCUGUGGGGCAGUGGAUGCUAUAGCCCUUUGUGCAAGGGGAGAAAUAGCUCUGUGGAGCAGAGAAUGCGAAGUAAAGAGAUGGUUCUACUUGCUCAGGAUUUUCUCAAUCCCAUCCUCUUUUAAAAGGUGCAUCUACGACUUAGAUUUUCAUUGCUCUGGACUUUAAUAAGGGAUGCUCAUCUGAAAUUCUGCUGCUUUCAAUAACAAAGCACCCCCACUAUCCUUAUAAAAAUUGCUCUUACUAACAAAGACCCUUUUGAGUUAAUUCAGUUAGAAAAAAGGUGCUUCAAGAGGACACUUUGUGAAUUCCUUGUGUAGUAUGGAAACUCUGAAAUGUUGAUCUAUAUAAGGGCUCACCAGAAAACCUACUGGAGCCAAAGGAAAUAAACCAAUUCUAGUGGUGAAAACCCUGUGAAAGAUGUUGUAUAAAAUGUCUAUUCCUUUGUUUUACACUUUAUUUGCUUCUCUGAACAAAUGUGGCUCUUGACACCACCCUUUUUCCUUGCAUCAAGUCUGUCCUCUUGUGGCCGUGGGUAAUAAUUGUUCUACUUAUUGUUCACAAGCAGCAAAGAGUCAUCACUUUGAAGGACAGUGGUCAUGAUGAGUGGUGGGGAAACCUUAGCUUGAUUUCCUACAAGUAGGUAGUGCAUUCUAAGCAAAGCAGCCUCAACUUGUCCAUGUCUUUGAAAUGUGAUGUCUACUCAAGCUAUUGUUGAAGGUACCAUAACGGUUACAGAUCUUGCAUCUGCCUCAGUUUAGGGUUUAUCUUGGCAAGGAAAACAGACAACAGGGUAAUCAUGCUGACCAUGAUGCAAGGCUCCCAAAGUAGCCCACUGCAUUGCUCCGAUUUCAUCUCCCUAAUCACCACCUUGCUGAAGUGACCCCAAGUCUCCUUUGCUCUACUGUACUAUAUCCAACGGAGAGAGAUUGCGGCUGUCAGCACCCAUGGAUGCCAUCGCACCCUUUCCCCUCAUGUGAAUGAGCUGUAACUUAACCCAGAAGUAAAAACUGUGCCAUGUGAGCUGGGAGUGUUUGUUUUAUUCCAAGUGGGAGCCGCAGAUCCAGGGGAAAAAAAACCCUCGCUUCUAAUGCUUGUCCCUCCAAACGCAGUCAAACGGGUAACUGGGCAGAGAGAACCUGGAUAGAGCAGACACUGGGACAGCAAUGAGUGUCAUUUAGGCUGUGACUGUUGUCAGUGAAAAAUGAGAGUGGUUUUAGGAGUGCAUCUAGGGUUAACAGCUCAGCUCUCCUGUCUGGGUAAACAGGAGCUGGCUGUGCUGUACUCGGAGAUUGUCUCUGUUUUCACAUUAAUAGCUAGCUAUUAGCACUCCCUGGCUGUGAUCUUGCAUUCGUUGAACCAGUUAUCCUUUUCCAGCAAGCUCAUACGAUAAUUUUAGCCCUGGUUAGUGCUACAAUUAAACUCAAGAAGCAAAUGCCACCUUUACAUUUGCACCUUUGCUUUUUCCACUGCUGCUUAUCUUGGGGUAAUGUUCCCGAGGGCGUCCAUGCUUGUGAGGGCACCAUGGUGCUGUCCUUGCUGAGCAUCUUCUGGAGCCCAGCCCUGGCCCACAGGUACUUGACAUGGCCAAAACCUGUGUCAGUCAUGGUUUUAGCUGUGCAUGGCUCCCUGGAGGAGAGGGAGUAUUAGAAGUGCUCUUAUGCUUUCAUGGGCAGUGAUCAAGGGUUCUGGUGUCACACAAAUGCAAACCUCGGAGCUUUUCAAAGCCUGAUUCCUCUAGUACCUGUCAUCAUGAAUCUGCUCCUCCCCAAUACUGCUCAUGCCUGAGGCAUUGUGGAGGUCUCAGACUGGAAACAAUACUGCUUGCAUGGAUCCAGCUCCUGCUUUAGCUAGAAAGAAGAGUAUCCAUGGUUCAUCUUCUGUGCCAGCUUGAGAUUCUUACUAUGAACAUAAACCUAACUAAACCCAUAAACUCAUUCUCAGGGCAUCCUGUAUGGGAAGUUUCCCUUCUUAUGGGACUAAUAGAAGAGAUUCGGAUGUCCAGAACUGGUGGGGGUUUGGUGUAAGUAAAUCUUCAGUGAGCAGAUGGAUGCAGCUCUCCAUCCAGGGAAACUUAUGGCCAUGUGGAGGAGGAGACUCAUUCUGAGCCAUCACUUGCGUGGUGGUGUGGAACAUCUCUGUGGGUCUGGGUUGCAUCGUUGGCAUGAGCUUUAGUAAAUGUAAUGGCCACAGUGUCCCCAGCAAUCAAACCUUUAUGAGGGGGAAGCAGAGGAGAGGGGGCUGCUGUUCUGACAUUUUAAUGGAGUAAGAAUAAAAUGGUUGGGGAGAAAAGGCCAUCGAAUGAGAGUACAGAGAAGCCAGCGCUUGUUGCUGUGCUGGUUUGGAGUGAAAAGUAGUUCAAGGCCAGGCUGGACAGAGCCUUGGGUGACACGGCCUAGUGUGAGGCAUCCCUGCCCAUGGCAGGGGGGUUGGAACUGAACGAUCUUAAGGUCCUUUCCAACCCAAACCAUUCUAUGACUCUACGUGCCACGGGUUUCAGCAGAAUAAGAUGUGCUGCAGAUCUGUCACAUCCAUUUUAUUCCCUAUGGCAGUUUACAAAAGGGAAAGAAACAUAAACCCCCCUGAGACUGGAGCAGCUGCAGUCACUCAGCUGUCAACAUGGGACAAGGCUCGCUCUGCUCCUCUUUCAUUUCCACUUCUCUCUGUUCUGCUGCACAUUAUUUGGCUGUUCUGUGGAUUUGCAGAUGAUGAGGUUUCUUUCCCAAACUGGCUUUGAUCUGCACAGACUCCCCCAGCUCUCAUCUGAAUUCGUUGAUGCUUUGAGUAAGCGUUUUAAUUCUACAUUUACUGGCUUGUUCCCCUUUGUAACGUUAUCUGACUGACAAGUUCGUCGUGCUCCACGUUACCUUUAGGUUUUAAGUCUAACACGUUCCCUCUUUCAAGCUACAAUUGUUCUUACAAAUGUUAUAAAGGCACCUUCAUUUCCUCAGGAGAAAACCUGCGUUACUCUCAGCUUUGGUUACUAGCAAAUCAAUAUUAAAGCAUGAACAAAGUACGUUUUAUACCAUCAACCGUAGUUUGACUUGUAGUUUAAAAACCUGCCUAAGCACUAAAAGCAGCAUCUAGUUUGAAACCUCCAUGCCAGGGAAGUCACAGCAUCAAAGGGCUUUUCCUGGGUUGGAGUUUUCCCCACAAAGUUCUGCUGCCUUUUCCCCAACAAUUGUGAAUUUAGCACAAUGUACAGAAUUGUAGCCAGAACCCUCAUUCCUGAACACAUGGCCAGAAGGAAGAGGAGAGGAUGUUGUUUCUUGCUGAUCAAGCACAACUAUGUCAGUGGAGAAAAUGCACUACAGCUGGUCAGACCAUUGAUCUCUGGGGUCAUUGGUGCUGGGGUCAUGCUGGUUUUGGGAAGGGGUUAGGUGUUAGCAAAUGGCCAAACUGUGAAUCAUUGACUGUCAGAAGAAUUUGGCUUGUCUGUCUUUUUAAGUUCUUGUGGUACAGUGGGGUUGAGAAAGGAAUGUAUUUGGGAUGACCGGGAUGAUGAAUGUAUGAUGCUUCAUGUUUAUUUGUAAUGUCCUUUUUAUACUUAGAAAUUGCUUACAUAUGUAUCUGUAUGUAAAUAAAUGUUUAAUCCUUUCCA